GAGGCACAAGCUUUACAGGGAGGAGCUCAACCUGACCUCCCCAGCAGCACCACUGCCACUCCGACCAGAUGCCAGCUGGCUCCAGUUCCACCUGGGAAUCAGCCAGGAUGGGCUCUACCCUCGUUCCAGCUCUGCUGUCAACAGGCUGCUCCGGGACAUGCAGGAGUUCCCCACCAUCAGUGCUGACUACAGCCAGGAUGAGAAGGCACUGCUGGGAGCCUGUGACUGCAGCCAGAUCGUGAAGCCCAGUGGUGUGCACCUGAAGCUGGUCCUUAGGUUCCAGGAUUUUGGGAAGGCCAUGUUCAAGCCCAUGAGGCAGAAACGUGAGGAAGAGACUCCUGAGGACUUUUUCUACUUCGUUGACUUCCAGCGGCACAACGCGGAGAUCGCUGCCUUCCACCUGGACAGGAUCCUGGAUUUCCGGAGGGUCCCACCCACCGUUGGGAGGUUGAUCAAUGUGACCAAGGAGAUCCUGGAGGUCACCAAGAAUGAGGUUCUGCAGAGUGUCUUCUUUGUCUCACCAGCCAGCAACGUCUGCUUCUUUGCCAAGUGCCCCUACAUGUGCAAGACUGAGUAUGCAGUGUGUGGGAACCCUCACCUCCUGGAAGGAUCCCUCUCUGCCUUCCUGCCAUCCCUCAACCUGGCACCACGGCUCUCCAUCCCUAAUCCAUGGAUCCGCUCCUACUCCUUCGAUGGAAAAGAGGAGUGGGAAGUGAAUCCACUCUACUGCAACACAGUGAGGGAGAUCUAUCCCUACAGCAAUGGCAACCGACUGCUCAACGUGGUGGACAUGGCCAUAUUUGACUUCCUAAUAGGGAACAUGGACCGUCACCACUACGAAAUGUUCACCAAGUUUGGGGACGAUGGAUUCCUCCUGCACCUGGACAAUGCCAGAGGGUUUGGGAGGCAUUCCCAUGAUGAGACCUCCAUCCUGGCCCCACUCUCCCAGUGCUGCAUAAUAAAGAGGACAACAUUACUACGACUUCAGCUCUUGGCUGAGCCUGAGUAUCGGCUCAGCGACAUGAUGAGGGAAUCCCUCCUGCAGGACCCCCUGGCCCCUGUCCUCACUGAGCCCCAUCUCCUGGCUCUGGACAGAAGGUUACAGCUCAUCCUGAACACCGUGAGGAAGUGCAUAGACACCUAUGGAGAAGACACAGUGGUGGCCAACGACAUGGCACAGCCCAAGGCUCCUGCGUGGGACAGAGCCAAGCUGAGCACUUAA